GUUUACAGAUUCGCCAGUGAGUUCCAUAACGUCACGUCAAAAAGUGCAAGAGAUAAAUUUCUAUUACCCUUUACUAUGUAAAGGUGCGUUCUCGACACGAAAGAGAAACGGAAUAUUACCCUCGUUCGGUCGACGAUAAUCGCGCUAAAAAAUCUACGUGAUAUCGUGUUUUCGGGACGACGACGUAAAAUAAAAUACGCGCCUCUUUCGUUAAUACCGUAGUGGCAAUCGUUAGGAUGGUAGCCAUUUUGUCCGGAGGUGGCCCGGCCGAGUGAACGGGCGAAAAUAGGUGCUCCCUGGAGCGGGAGGUUUGUCAAAAUCCUUUAAGCUGAUCGCAGAACGAUCGACCUUCGACCACGUUUCUCCUUAUUGAGGAAUCGGCGUGUUCUACAAAAGUCUCGUAUCCUUCCUAUUGAAACGUCGUUCGGUAGUUGGAGACUUCCAUCGUCUCUCUCUCUCUUUCUCUCUCUCUCUCUCUCUGCGCCCUCCCUCCUCCCUUCCCUCUCUGUCUCUCUCUUUUUUCUCCUUCUCCCUUCCUCUCUUUCUCUUCGCUCCGCGCUCUUGCUUCCUCACUCUUCGUAAGUACAACGUUCUACGUAAUUCGCUGAUAUAUCCAGUUCGAUUUUUCUCCCAACUCACGAGAGGAAAUUCUUUGGUUUUCGUAUAACUUCCCCUCUCCGAACUCCCUCCUAGAAGGUCGGCCAAAGAACCGGCGACUCGUCUUGGCGAGUUCCAUCUUCCUCGCUUAGGCUCGGUUGACAGUUCGACGGUUCGGCCAUACACCCCGCCGCGGGGGAGAAGUCAUUCGUGAGACACGACAUAAUUUAUUUUUCAGAUUUUAGACAUAAUGUAGGUAUUCUUUAUCGAAACAAGGCCUUUAGGAUAUAAUUAUAUUUAAUGUCAGUACAUGAAUCGAGUGUUUGUUAUUGGUGGUGCAAUCGUUGGACCAAGAAUUACUAAAAGAAUUGGAGCCUAGUGAACAGCCAGAAAAUGACGAUUGCUACAAGGGGCCAGGGGGUAGGAAUAGAUCCUCCCGAUAGCCAGCAGAGUUCACAGAUGCAUAGUCCACCUGGUUCACAACAAUUAGCUGAUUCAAUGUCAGGUCUUCACCUCGCAGAAAAUGUGGUACAAACUGAGUGUGUCAACGAUACUAUAACUUCUGUAGAUGACAGUAAUCAGCACCUUAGAGAACCUGAUUUUCCUAUCUCUAAACUUAACAUUCUUCAUGAAAAAAUAUCUAGUUCACGAUGGGUCGUUCCAGUCCUACCUGAACAAGAAUUAGAGUGCCUCUUACAAGCUAGCAUUGAGCUUUGUAAAAAGGGAAUUGAUGUACAAAGCGAAGCGUGUCAGCGUUUCUUUCGUGAAGGGCUUACAAUUUCUUUUACCAAAAUAUUAACGGACGAUGCGGUAAAUAGUUGGAAAUCGCACAUUCACAACUAUAUCAAUGCAAAUUGUGAACAUUUAGUGGAACUCUGUGUUUUGAAAUUAGAUGAGGAUUGGUUUCCAUUACUUGAUUUAUUGGCAAUGGUUUUUGAUCCCAGUAAUAAAUUUCAUACAUUUAAUGCAGCAAGAGCAUCUGAAACUGUUCCUCCUGGAUGUAAUAUACCAGAUGAGGAACUUUAUGCACGUCCACCUAUCGAGUCAAGAACACCUCGUGGAUGGCUUGUAGAUCUAAUAAAUAGAUUUGGAAGGUUAAAAGGAUUUGAAAUUCUUCUCUCAAGAUUUCAAAGUCGUCGUAAUUUAACUGUACCAGUAAUCUAUGCCCUGAUUAGGCCUUUUGGUUUAUGUUAUGAAUUACUGACUGUCCAUACAAUAAUAAAAUACCUUAUGCCCAUUGUGGAAAUGAUACCUGUUAUCUUGGACAACUUAACUGAUGAUGAAUUAAAAAAAGAGGCAAAAAAUGAAGCAAAAAACGAUGCCAUAUCAGCCAUAAUUAAAGCUGCAAAAUGUUUGGUAUCGAGAGUACCUCAUCAAGAAGAAAUGAUUAAAAACCUGGAAAUACUGAGAUUAAAAAUGAUAUUGAGACUAUUACAAAUAUCUUCCUUUAAUGGAAAAAUGAAUGCUUUAAACGAAGUAAAUAAGGUUAUUACAAGUGUGAAUUAUUAUCAGCAUCGUAAUACAGCUGUAGAGGAGGAAGAAUGGUUGACUGCUGAACGUAUGGCUAAAUGGAUUAAAGAUAACGGAGUAUUGGAAAUAGUUUUGAGAGAUUCGCUACAUCAACCACAAUAUGUAGAAAAGUUGGAAAAAAUUUUACGAUUUAUCAUAAAAGUACGUGCCCUCACAUUAGAAGACUUAGAUAACAUAUGGGCAGCUCAAGCCGGCAAACAUGAAGCUAUUGUGAAGAAUGUUCAUGAUUUGUUGGCUAAAUUAGCCUGGGAUUUUAGUCCUGAACAACUCGACCAUCUAUUUGAAUGCUUUCAGGCAAGUUGGAAAACUGCUAAUAAAAAACAGCGAGAAAAAUUGUUAGAAUUGAUCAGAAGAUUAGCAGAAGAUGAUAAAGAUGGAGUUAUGGCUCAUAAGGUGUUAACCCUUUUUUGGAAUUUGGCUCAUUCAGACGAAGUUCCCACUGAGAUAAUGGAUCAGGCUUUGAAUGCACAUGUUAAAAUUUUGGACUAUUCAUGUUCGCAAGAAAGAGAUGCACAAAAGACAAUCUGGUUAGAUAAAUGUGUAGAAGAAUUAAAAAGUGGGGACAAAUGGGCUUUACCUGCUCUGAAACAAAUCCGAGAGAUUUGUUUAUUAUACGAAGCAAAUUCUAAUCCAGCUCAUCAACGUAGCCAUAAUUUACAUUAUAGACAGGAUGUUAUAGAACGUUUACAGCAGGACCAUUUAGUUGUAGUACUUGUAACUAACAGUUUAACAAAUUAUAUGGACAAAGUGCGUCAAUUGGUAAAGGAGAAUCCAGACCUUGAUCCAAAUACCUUUGUGCCUGAUGGUCGAUACAAUCAUAUUAUGCAAGUGCACGAAAGACUUAAUUUUUUGCGUUUUCUAUUAAGAGAUGGUCAGUUAUGGUUAUGUGCAGAACAAGCUAACCAAAUUUGGCAAUGUUUAGCCGAACAAGGUGUAUUUGUCUCAGAUCGCGAGGCUUGUUUCAAAUGGUUUUCUAAACUUAUGGGAGAAGAACAGGAUCUUGACCCAGGAAUAACUACGAACUUUUUUGAAAAUAAUAUACUGCGGUUAGAUCCAACGUUACUUACUGAAAGUGGUAUAAAGUGUUAUGAGAGAUUUUUUAAAACUGUUAAUUCUAAACAAGGAAAGUUAAUACUAAAGAAAAGAACAUUACUUAUGGAUGAUGUUGAUUUGAUUGGAACUGAUUAUUUGUGGCGGGUGGUAACAAAUAGUCCUGAAGAAAUCGCAAAUCGUGCUAUAGAACUUUUAAAAGAAGUAAAUACUAAUUUAGGACCACGUCUGCAAUCAUCUGCACUAGAGUUUCAUGAUGAUUACAUAGCAGAAUGUAUGGAUAGAUUAAAGACCCAUUACGAUACUGUGUCUGCCUUAAGUAAGGUUUAUCUUGGAAAGAAAGAAGAAAGGGAUGAGCAAAUGUCAAAUAAAAUUAAAGUAGAGGCUAUAAAAAUGUGUCGUGUAAUGAAAGUAUUGCAAGAGUACAUAAAUGAAUGUGACACUGCAUUUCCAGAAGAACGAAAAAUAUUACCAUUACAUAGAGCAGCUCGUGGAAAACAUUUAUCUCUUAUAAUUAGAUUUCCAAAUCAUAUUCGUAAUACGGAUGAUAUAGAGAUAUAUACACACAGUAAUGAUACAUUGGCUUCAUUAAAACGUCAAAUAUUACGUCGAUUGAAAGGGAGAGAGAUUGGAACAAAUGUGAAACUCGAUUUAUUCAUUAAUGGCGAAGGUUUGGAACAAGCAGAUGAUAGAAAAUUAUUAUCUCAAAUUCCACUUAGAGAUAAAAUGCUAUUAUCUGCCAGAUUAAGUCAGAUAAAUAGUAAUCUGCCUAGUUCUCCAGAUAGCAGUUCAGAUAGUUCAACUAGUUCUCCGCAUCAUCCUUAUGAUGGGCCAAAUGUAGAGAACAGUUUACCUGGAGUGGUCAUGUCACAGAGGCCACAGUGUGUGAAUUUUUUCUUCCAAUUAGCAGAUCUUGGUUGUACACUGCAACAUGCUCAGUUACGCGAUGGUGCUCGAAAUCUUUUGCAAUUAGUACCACCUGAUAAUUUGACAGUAUCAAGAUUACAAUGGCUUUUUGGCCAUUAUGAAGAUGAUGAAACUUCACAGAAUCCGCAUUGUAAUGAACACAACACAACAGUAGAUUCUUUAUUUUUUACUGCAAGUCCUAGUGAAGUUUUAUAUAAUUUAGAGGUGUUAUAUGCAUUGUUGAUGCCAGCUCCUGAUCCUCUAUCUGAUAGACCAUUUAAGUUUCAAUUUAAUUUUAUUAAAAGUGGUGAAGUAGGAGUUGUACUCGAUAUGUUAACAAAAAAUAAAUUUUUACCAAAUGCAGAUGAAACUACUAAACGAUCUGCCUAUUUGACAGUGCUGAAACUCUGCAAAUUUUUACUAACAGUAGUUGGAAAUAUUGUGGUAUGUGUAUUGGAUAAAGUUCAAGCUGGACAUUCGGAAAAUCACAAUAAUCACAUACAAAAUAAUCAAGAUCCUGUAACUGUUUUAAAACAGGCUUUACAAAGCAUACCUAAUCAAACCACUGAAUAUAUGCUAAGAAAUGUUGCAGCACGUUUAGUAAAACCUUUAUCACUACGAAUGUUUUCUGGUGGAACUGAUUCUGAUAGGUGUCAUCAGCUUUUUAUGCUAGCUAUUUCACGGGAUUUACCUGAUGUGGCCACUAUUCGUGCCAUAAUUAGAUUAGCGUGGGCUGCAUCAACUGGAAAUUUGAAUAAUAUUAAUGCAUCCAUUGAAAGUCUUCAUACAAUGCAUGAAUUAAAUCAGAAAGAACAAAGAUGUCCUGAUAAUAAUGAUGUAUUAGUUUGUAAAGAAGCAUUGGAAGUCUUGACAAUAGCUUUAGCGCUCAAUUCGGCGGCAUUUGAAGUUCUAUUGAGAGACAAGAUGUGGCAUAUGUUUUUAAUAGACCUUGUAUUACUGAGUACAUCGAGAGCAAUUAGAAUUGUGGCAGCAGAGCAAUUUUUCCUUGUGUCGACAUGGUGCCGUAGUGGAAAUCCACCAGUGUUAUUUACUAUUUCAUUACUCUUUACUGUUUUAAAUACUACAGUUAUGGAAAAUUCAAAACAGUGUCAUGAGUAUUUUCAACUCUUAUGUAGAUUAUUAAAUUAUGCACAUAUAUCAGGAUGUUCUGUCUCAGCUAUAGAAAACUUACUAAAUAUUGAAAUAACUUGGUUAAAACAUGUAAGAGAUAGUGUUAAGGAAUCAGGAGAAAGUCAUGUGGACGAGGCAGUUCUUGAAGGACACCUUAGUUUAACUAAGGAAUUAGUAGCCUUCUUGCCUGCUAGUAAAAAGUAUGAAAUUGGAUCUGACGAGAAACAUGGAAUAAAUUUGAUAAAGGAAUUAGUAGAAGAUUUCGUCUUCCCUGCAUCACGUUUAAUGCUGCAACUUCGUAGUACCGGAGAAUUAAGUUCAUCGCAAGCUUGUCCAGUUUGUACUACUCCUCAGUCAACUAGCGCAGCAUUCGAUUUACUUGUAGGUCUUUGUACAGGCUGUGUACCCAACAUGAAACUUCUAGUCACGAUGCUCACUGACAUGUUUUAUUCGGAAAGAGAUGAGCCAUUAAUUGAAUGGGACUAUUUACCACCAGUUGGGCUUAGGCCACUUAAAGGCUUCGUAGGUUUGAAGAAUGCAGGAGCUACAUGUUAUAUGAAUUCAGUAUUACAACAAUUAUAUAUGGUUGAAAGUAUUAGAGUUGGACUAUUAGCUGCAGAAGGAGCAGCAACUGAUUUAAACGAAGAUUUUUCUGGGGAAGAAAGAAUCGAAGGAGAACAAACUAUAGAAGCAAAUGAUAAUGACACCAAUGAAGAAAAAUGUGGAGUUGACGAAUCGAGGAAGGAAUAUAAUAUCGGCAUAUUAAAACAAGUGCAAGCAAUAUUUGGGCAUUUAGCUUAUAGCAAAUUACAAUAUUACAUACCAAGAGGUCUUUGGAAACAUUUUAAACUGCAGGGUGAACCUGUAAAUCUUAGGGAACAGCAAGAUGCAGUGGAGUUUUUUAUGAGUUUAGUGGAAAGCUUGGAUGAAGCACUUAAAGCUUUGGGGCAUGAACAAAUAAUGAGUAAAAUUCUUGGUGGCUCAUACAGUGAUCAAAAAAUCUGCAAAGGUUGCCCUCAUAGAUAUUCCAAAGAAGAACCAUUCAGUGUGAUUAGUGUGGAUAUAAGGAAUCAUAGUAAUUUAUUGGAUUCUCUUGAACAAUAUGUGAAAGGUGAACUAUUGGAAGGAGCCGAUGCUUAUCAUUGUGAUAAAUGCAACAAAAAAGUAGUAACAGUAAAGAGGUUAUGCGUGAAAAAACUGCCACCUAUUUUAGCGAUACAACUAAAAAGGUUUGAGUAUGACUAUGAACGAGUUUGUGCUAUUAAAUUUAAUGAUUAUUUCGAGUUCCCAAGAGAUCUUGAUAUGGAACCCUAUACAGUCUCUGGCUUAGCUAAGUUGGAAGGAGAAGUCAUAGAUUGUGAUUAUGAGGAAUCUAUAAAAGGAACUUGUACAAAAUAUCAAUUAACUGGCAUCGUAGUACAUAGUGGCCAGGCUAGUGGUGGCCAUUAUUAUUCUUAUAUUUUGCAUAGACAAACCGAUGGUACUGCUAAAUGGUAUAAAUUCGAUGAUGGAGAUGUAACAGAAUGUAAAAUGGAAGAGGAAGAAGAAAUGAAAUCACAAUGCUUUGGUGGUGAUUAUUUAGGCGAAGUUUUUGAUCAUAUAUCGAAACGUGUCAGUUACCGUAAACAAAAACGAUGGUGGAAUGCGUAUAUGCUUUUUUAUACCAGACUAGACAUAGAAGAAAAUUCUUUAAUGAAAAGUUUCAACGAAUUAUCAUUAUAUACUAAGCUAGGUGUAAUGAAAAUGCCACAAGCUAUCGAAUACAGUGUGAGGAAGCAGAAUAUUAAGUUUAUGCAUAAUCGGAAUCAAUUUAGUGCAGAAUAUUUUCAAUUUAUAAAAAAAUUAGUGUCUUCUGAUAAUCAUAAUAUUAACAGACAAUAUCUUAAUGAAAAACCUAGCCCAGAAGCAGAGGAAUUAUCGAUGUUAGCAGUUCAAUUAGCGUCGAGAUUUUUAUUCUUCACUGGUUUUCAUACUAAAAAAACAUUACGUGGAGCAGCCACAGAGUGGAAUGAUAUUUUAUGUCAUCAUCUUUGUAAUAGUAAAGCAGUACGCUCUUGGUUCGCUCAUAAUGUUCUUCUGAAUCAUCCACAUAGAUUUUGUGAAUAUCUUUUAAGUUGUCCUAGUACCGAAGUAAGAACAGCCUUUGUUAAAAUUGUAGUGUGUCUUGCACAUUUUUCAUUACACGAUAGCCCAUCAAUAUGUACUAGUAUAAAUUCAUCAAAUAUACUUUCAGAACCCACUGUAAAACUGAGCGAUCAUCUAAUGCAUGCGGUACUUUCGUUACUCCAAAGAGAAAUCUCCGAUCAUGGUCGCCACCUUCCACAUUAUUUUUCAUUAUUUCACAUGUAUGCUAAUUUAGGAUUACAAGAGAAAUUACAAUUGCUCACGCUUAACGUUCCAGUUACAUUCAUGUCAGUCGCAAUUGACGAAGGGCCUGGACCAGCAAUAAAAUAUCAAUAUCCUGAAUUGACGAAACUUCAUCAAGUUGUUAGUAUGUUGAUACGUUGUUGUGACGUAUCUUCGAGAACAACUUCGAAAGAACCACCUUUGCCAAAUCCAUAUGGUGAUUCAUCAUGCCAGUCAGGCUAUCUCAUGCCUAUUCAACCGCAAGCAGCCGAACUUCUUUUUGUUGAAAACAGUUAUAUGAAAAAGUUGAUCGAAGAUGCUAAUGUUACCGAAGAUACUACCAAGUUAUUACAGUUUUGUUGUUGGGAAAACUUCAAUUUAUCGCGAACAGUAAUUAGCGAAUUACUUUUACAAAUAAGUUUCGUUUAUGCACACGAAUUAAGGCAUCAUACGGAUCUUCUUCUUGCUAUACUUCUUAUGGAAGAUAAUUGGCAGAAUAAUCGUAUUUGUACAGCACUUCAAGGUUUAUACGAAGAAAGGGAGGGAUUAUUUGACAUAAUUCAGAAAUAUAAAAAUCAACAACAGAAAAGAGCAUACCAAUGUAUAAAGUGUAUGGUACAAUUGUUUAGUAAAUGUAGAGCUGCACAUCGAUAUUUGUGUCACUCAUCCGAAUUGAAAAGAAAAUGGAUGCAUGCUGUUGAGUGGCUUCACGAUGAGUUAGAUAAAAGACCAUAUCCACCAACAGCACCUUAUACACUACCAUACAAUAAUUGGUCUCCUCCAGCACAAUCCAAUGAUUCAACGAACGGAUUUGGAUUAGAACGUAGUAACAGUGCUAAAAAGACUUUGGAAAAAGCAGUAGUUUAUUGUUCUGAAAUGGAACCAGAAAUCGAAGAAACAAGGGAAGAUUGCGUAGAAGAAACAGAGAAAUAUCAGCCUCAAACGAGAGACUUAUUGCGAUCUGGUCGUAGUGUAGUUUGGGGAUCUGCGUCUAUAGGUUAUCCCGAAGUUUCUGUAAUACAACAAAUGCAAGAAGAUCAGCCACAGCCUGGACCAUCUCCAGUUCACACACCUCUUCUAGCACAUCAAAUUCGCAGUCCACAUAAUUGUGAAUCAUCCCAAAGUACAAGCCAGGAUCCAUAAUGAAUACUAAAUAUCGACCUCCUAUUGAGUUGCUGCCUCAGAGAAAUCAUGUCACAAUCUUUUAAUUAUUACUGUGCCAGCAGCUUGGUGUUGAAUGGAAAACGUAUGUACAGAUAUAAUAUACUUGAAAAAUUGUUUCUUGUAAUUGGACUUUGCAAACUUAUAUUAAUCUGUCAGUUUCACUGUGGGCAGUUACUUUACAUUCAUAUAUAUGAUGUGGCAUCAUUUGCACUGCAAGAAAUUAGGAAGACGAUUUCGUUUGAAGACAGAAUAUAUGCAUGUUAAUUGAGGUAAACUACAAUUGAUAUCUUUAAUUUCAGUCUCAAAGUUAUUUCACAUUUUACGUUUUUCUACACAUAUCGCUGUGGGUAAAAAAUGUCAUACACAUGAAGUUUCAAAUCGAUUUUCAAGCCAUAUAUUAAAGCUAUAUUAUUUUAUACAAAAAAGAAAACAAAAAAAGAAAUAAAAUGGGGAAAAAAGCAAAAAAAAAGAAAAAAAAAGAAAAUAAAGAAAGAAAAACAAAUAAAAAAAUUUCAUUCGCGUUCGUGUCUAUUUCGCAAAAUAUACGCAAUUCAUUUUGCUAGAAUAACAACAGUGUUAUAAAAAAAAAAAAAAGAAAAAAAAAGAAAAAAAAAAAGAUAAAAGAAAAAGUUAUGAAUUCGAUUUGCCUCAAUGAACACAUGCGAAUUCAAAUUUAGGAAUAUGAUAAGAUUGUAUAAAUGUAUAGCGACUAGUGUUAUGGGAUAUUCUGUCUCUACCGAAUACAAGACAAACGUAUAGAUCACGAUUUUUUUCGUGCGCUGCGUGGAUUGUUAAUAAUAAUAGGAAAUAUUUGGUUACACCAACGCGCUUGUCACUCAUUAAAAAAAAGAAAAGAAAACAACAUGUGGUAACAAGAUUUUAACGCUCCAAAACGAAAUAUUUUUUUGUCGCAUAGUCUUUCGGUAUAACGAAGAAGAAAUUUUUUGUACUUAAUCUCAAAGAAUAAUAAGGAAGGACACAUUUUCCAAUGUCAAAAAGAAAAGAAAAAGAAAAAGAAAAAAAAACAUUAUAACUAUAAUAUACAUAUAUAUAUAUAUAUAUGUGUAUAUAUAUAUAUAUAUAUAUAUAUAUAUAUAUAUAUAUAUAUAUAUAUAUAUCAGAGUCCGAAUAAAUGCAUAAUAUCAUGCCGAUGUCGUCCCUAUAUUGUGCUUUCUUUCAGUUCAACCGAUUUGAAAGAGUUGUGCCUUGAAUAUCGUACGACUCCAUCGUAUUUUUAGGGUAGACUUAUAAGAAUCGAAUUAACAUUUUUAUUAAUUGCUUACAUUUUGUGUAAUUUAAUGAAAUCGGAAGGGAAAAAAACAAAAAGAGAAAAAAAGGAUAAAAAACAAAAAGAAAAAGAUAAAGAUAAAGAUAAAAAUAAAAAUAAAAAUAUAAAUAAAAAUAAAAAUAAAGCGAUCGGGGAAAAUCGUUUAUCGAUUUAUAAUAUACACCUGCAGCUGAGCUAUGACAGGGUAAAAAUGACACGCACCUUCGAAGUGACUUUAUGUAAAUGAUGUAGAACAAAAUUGACCACAGUGCUAAUCGAACAUUUCUCUCUUUUUUUUUCUUUCUGUUAUUAUUGUCGUUGUUGUUGAUUUUCCUUCUUCUUAUUUUUCAUAUUAUUUUUUUUUUUUUCUUUCUUUUUUUUUCUUUUGGAUUUUGUUUUUAAUAUUCUCUUCAAAGAAACGAAAUAUAUAAUAUUAUUCGACGGUAGAGACAUAGAAUGGUAUGUGAGAAUUGAACAAUUAAUUUGUAUCGUUCUGAUAUACAUAAUGUUUCAAAGAGUUUGAAGAACUGGUCUCUUUCCAUACAAAGCUGUUUUUAAUUGUUUAUUGAAAAUCUUAAGAAAGAAAAACGGAAAUGAAUGAAUGAACGAACGAACGAACGAACGAACGAAAACAAAAAAGUUAAAUAAAUAAAGAAAAAAAGAAAGAAACAUCAACUUAGAUCAUUUGAUCAUAAAUCGCAAAAUAGAAUAAAAAAAUAAAAUAAAAUAAAAGAACAUGAGUAGGAGAAAAAAGAACGAUUAAGUGCAAAGAAAAAUUCUGAUCUUACACCAACUGGCCAUAGCUCUGACUUAUUAAGCAACACGUGUUAUAUAUAAAUACUAUAUAAAUAAUAUUAAAAAAGAGAACUGAAGUGUCAUGCAACAAGGAUAUAUAAGCAUUAUAAGAAAAACCGUGUGUAUACAUAGGAAUUUGUGGAGAAGUACCAACGAGUAGUAUGUCGAGACACCAGGAAAUAACACGACAUAUUAAUUAAUUUCUCAUAUUUAUCGACUAUCCAAGAUUUAAACACAGCGUACCAAAUUACGUACUAGCUUCUAUCGGUUUAAAUAAUGGUACCUAAUCUUACUCAGAUAUGUACAUAUACAACUGCUUUUUAUAUGUGAUAAAAAAAAAUUUAUUAUAUUCCUAUUAUACAUUGAAGGUUAGAAACGCUAUUGUAAAUCCUGGUUUUUGUACACAGACUGUAUGCUAAGUUCUUUUUUGUUAAUGAAAAUGUAGUCUAUAAUUAUUUAAUAUUUAAUUGUAUUACUAAAUAAGCGUAACACACAUCUCUUGUAUCAUAUAUAGUUGAUUUUUCGAAUUGUGUCAGAUAGGUGGUUGAACUGAAAAUUUUUGUGUCACCGAUACACGAUUGUAUCACCUUUCUUAUUGUACGGUACUGUGUAAGAGUAUGAGACGGAUACGGAAAUUGUAUAAGAGAAACAAGCACACACGUAUAUAUAUAUAUACACAUACACACACACAAAACACACUCUAUAUACACUUUUACACACACGCACAUAUAUACAUGCGAGCAUACUUACACACAUUAAAAACUCAUACAACACGAUUGAGGUCGGUAAUAAUGAAUUAUUGUGAACAAACAAAUAAGCAAAAAAAGAAAACAAACAAAAUAUAUCUUUCCAUCAAACGAUAUACAUAUAACACACACAGAUACAGAUAAUACACAUAUACGCGGACAAAUUGUUGUGCCGAACGCGUCUAGUUAUCGCGAUGAAAAAUCGACUCGAUCGUUUAACGAUCAAGACAGAUUAUAUUAAAAAUGUCCCUUUUUUAUUAAAAAAUAAGAAAAAAAAAAAUGAAAAUGAAAUAUGAAAUGAAAUGGAAUGAAAUGAAACAAAAUGAAAUAAGAAGAAGAAAAAGAAGAAACAUUCACGUACGAAAGACUAUUGAAACAGAUUUUACGGACCUUUAUAACAUUAUAGUUAAUAAUUCGUAACGAGUCGAAAUAACCGAUACGACAAUUUUCUUCGAAUACAAAAAUCGAAUAGGCGUGUCAUCAAAAUUUUUGAAUCAAAGGCAAAUGCGUAUGGAUGAAUGUUUUUCUUGCUGAAGAAUAAAUCGGAAAUAAUGAAUUACUUGAGUGUAAAGAAAAAAAAAAAAAAAAAGAGAAAACAAAAAGGGUAGCGAUAAAUAGUUCUCUUUCUCGGUCAUUAUACUCAAGUUGUUUUUUUUUUUAUACUUGUCGAAUGUAAAUCUCUCACUCCUCUAUCACUCUCUCUCUUUCUCUCUCUUUCUCUCUCUCUUUUUCACUCUUCAUCGACGUUCUUUUAAUUCUAGUUCUAUAUAAAGCACGAAUUAUUAUUAUUAUUAUUAUUAUUAUUAUUAUUAUUAUUAAUAUUAUUAUUAUUAUUAUUAUUAUUACUAUUAUUAUUAUUAUUAUUAUUAUUAUUAUUAUUAUUAUUAUUAUUAUUAUUAUUAUUAUUAUUAACUCGUUAACUCGGUUGACCCUCUAGUCAGUAAAUUUAAAUAAAAAUGGAUGGCGGUUAAAUUACCA